CGACAGCCCUGGUUCAUUAUCCAUUAUCAUCAGCUCCAGCCUCCAAGUCUUGGUCGAUCAUACCCUGCUAUCUAGCGAGCGCGGGAAGAGCCCGUGAGAGCUCGCCGUUUCUUGCCCGCUGCUGUUCGCUAUCUGUGUGCUUGGUGAUUGUGCAAACCCCCUGCUCCGGAUUCGCUACCUUGUAUACGGUAUCUCGAUCCAACCCCUGCGACGACGAUACUGUGCUACACAUCUGCACUAACUGAACACCGUCAAGAGUUCCAUAUCGCUGCACUCCACGUUGCUUGGGAAUCCCAGACAGGGGCAAAAUCUUACCAGCUGUUCUGAUACGGGGGUCAUGCGAGGCCAUUCUCUGGUUUCCUUGUAGCUCCUUUUUAGCCUCGACGAGAUCACGGCUGCUUUGGAACGGCGCUUGACGGGCCAUUGCCUCUCCCUCGUGCUUUUGUAGCUCCAAGUCAAGGUCAUGCUGGCCUCGUUGAGUCUAUCAGUACUUUGGCUAUUGCCGACCAGCUUGGUGGCCCGGGAGAUCGUAUUUCCUCCUGUAGCACCACUUCAGGCUAACGAGCAUGGCCAAUAUCGAUCCUCGGUCAAUAAUGAGAGACAGGCCUUCUUCGAGUUCGAGAAGUUCGCUGGUCUGACUACCUUCUCCAAUCUUCCUUGGGUCCAUUGCUUGUCACCGGACACGGAUGUAGAAAAGUACGAUAUUGCAUUUCUAGGAGCUCCCUUCGAUACAGCUACCACCGGAAGACCAGGGACCCGUUUUGGGCCGACAGGUAUCAGAUUGGGUUCCCGAAGAAUUGGAGCUCCUAUGGCAUGGAGUCCGUACACGCACAACAACACAUUUCUCGAAUGGGCUCGGAUGGUAGACUGCGGGGACGCUCCUCUGACAUUUCUCGACAAUACUGUGGCUCUGAAACAGCUCGAGACAGCGCACAAGGUCAUAUCAAGCCGUCCAGCAAAUGCGACCGAGGUCUCCACGGUCCCUCGAGUCAUCACACUUGGUGGUGACCAUACCACGACGUUAGCAGCUUUGCGGUCGACAGUGUCACAUUGGGGCCCCGUCAGCGUGAUCCAUUUCGAUAGUCACAUUGAUACCUGGGAUCCCAAAGUCCUUGGGGGAGGUCUUUCGCACUAUGCUGGAGUGAACCACGGGACUUUCCUUCACAUUGCGCAUGAAGAAGGUCUCAUCCUCAACUCUUCUGCUCACGCUGGGAUUCGUGCGCCUGCCGUCAACAAAAAGUAUGACUGGCGGAAUGACAAACGCUGUGGGUUCGAAAUCAUCACUGCCCGGGACAUUGACAAGCUUGGAGUGGCUGGCAUAAUUGAAAGACUCAAAGCGAGGGUAGGUGAUACCAAUGUCUAUAUUUCAGUCGACAUCGAUGUUCUGGAUCCCGCCUUUGCGCCCGCUACAGGGACCGCCGAAGUCGGUGGGUGGACGACUCGUGAGCUUCUGAGCAUUCUGGACGGUCUUGACGGUCUAAGGCUCAUUGGGGCUGACGUGGUUGAGGUUGCUCCUAUCUACGACAAUCCUGGAGAGACCACCGUCCUUGCUGCCGCCGAAGUGGCUCAUUCUCUCUUGGGCCUGAUGGUCGAGACUCCAGUGAAGCCACUGACAAAGGAGUAA